GCCGAAUUACGUCAGGCGGCACGUGAGGAAAAGUCGCCAAGCACAGUUGGCCGAGCAGCUACAAGCUCAGGUCCAGGAUCAUUGCCGACUUACCAAGUGGUACGAUCUCCGGCGUCAAAAAUUGGCUCAUCACCGAUGUCGCAUAUGUCACUAUCGGUUCCACCUGUGGACAGUGUCGGCUCGUCCGUACGGCAUUCUUCCGAUUCUCGCAAUAAAACACCAAUUUUACUGGAUCACGAUGGUUUUAACUACAUGACCUCUACGGAUAGUUCCGGUAAGUUUUGCUGCCUGACAUUAUUUGAACUAUCGCGACCCUAA